UUCUUAGCACUCCAUUUGACUAUUAUUCCUUUUAUUUCGAGAAGACAAAGGGGGCAAACUUGUGUAAAAAAAAAAAUUGUCUUUUCAAUUUUGUCCCCUUAAAAUAUUUCUGGGCACAAAAGCUAAGCUUUUCGGAACUCAGCCCACUUUGACCCUAUUUGCUUUGCCUGCGAAUACUAAUAACAGUUGGGUCACCAUGGUGAUGUUCAAGAAGAUCAAGACCUUCGAGGUGGCCUUCAGCGAGCCUGACAAAGUCUACAGCAGCGGGGACAAGGUGGCUGGCCGUGUCGUGGUGGAGGUGGCCGAAGUCACCCGGGUCACCCGGGUCAAAGUUCUGGCUUGCGGGGUGGCCAAGGUCCUGUGGAUCAAAGGGCCCCAGCAGUGCAAGCAGGAGAUGGAAUACCUUCGCUAUGAAGAUGUCCUCACCCUGGACGACCAUCCAGCUGAUGCGGAUGGUUCUGUGAUUCUGAGACCCGGAAACACCUACGAAUACAAGUUUGGAUUUGAGCUACCUCAGGGGCCGCUUGGUACUACUUUCAAGGGCAAAUAUGGCUGCGUUGACUAUUGGGUGAAGGCUUUCUUGGAUCGUCCAUCCUUCCCGACUCAAGUUAUAAAAAAGCGCUUUGAGGUCAUGGAUCAAAUUGACGUCAACACUCCAGACCUGAUGUCACCUGUAGCUGCCAAGAAGGAAAAGAAAGUGUCCUGUAUGUUUAUCCCUGAUGGGCAUGUGUCUGUUAGUGCCAGGAUUGACCGCAAAGGAUUCUGCGAAGGUGAUGACAUAUGUAUCAAUGCCGACUUUGAGAACACCUGUUCUCGGAUUGUGAUGCCCAAGGCAGCCAUUGUUGCCAAACACACCUACCUGGCCAAUGGGCAGACCAAGGUCUUCUCUCAGAAGCUCUCAUGCGUCCGAGGCAACCACAUUGUCUCUGGCAUGUCUGAAUCAUGGCGUGGCAAGACCCUCCGGGUCAAGAAGAUCAAGCCUUCCAUUCUAGGCUGCAACAUCCUGCGUGUGGAGUACUUCUUGCAGAUCUAUGUCAGUGUCCCAGGCUCCAAGAAGAUCAUCCUGGAGUUGCCGCUCGUCAUUGGCAGCAAGUCUUCCGGCAUUGGCAGCCGAAGCUCUAGCAUGGCCAGCCAGACCAGUUCCGAGAUGAGCUGGGUGGACCUCAACAUCCCGGAUGCCCCAGAAGCACCUCCAUGCUACCUGGACAUUGUCCCUGAAGACCACCGCCUGGAGAGUCCCACCACCCCUCUUUUAGAUGAGCUUGACAACUCCUUUGACAGCCCCAUCUUCAUGUAUGCUCCAGAGUUCAAGUUCAUGCCACCGCCUACCUACACAGAGGUGGAUCCUUGCACUAUCAACAACAAUGUCCAGUGAGCACCAAUCAGAGGACGUAUUUAUGCAGUUGUCUUUUAUCCAGCUUUUUCUGGACUUUUAACAAUUGCACUCACAGAGAUUAUGCACCAGGCAGAAAUUCCCUGAUGAAAAGGGAAGGAAGACCUCAUGGUGUCAGCACGUCUCGUGGAAGACUGUCGGCAAGGAGCUGAAUUGAAUGGCCAUCUUUAUGCCUUUGUGUACUUGCCACAGGCCAAGAGAAGCUAUGUGGGUUAGUGGUGGACCCAGGCCUCAGCUCUCCCCUAUAGCCAGAUGCUGAAGUGAAACUUUCAAGAUGGGACUGUAGGGUAGGGCAGGCAUUUCUGAAUGAGGGGAGGUGAAAGGCCGACAACAGAUCAACAGUUUGGAAGAAAUACUACUGAAUGACAACCAACGACCAUUUGUAUCUGUGAUCAAAAAUUGUUUUGAAUGUGGUGAUUUAGAUACAUGAGGUUGUAUGUCUGAAGAUUUUUCAAUAGGACAAGCAAGCUUUUGGUAGUUUGUUUCUUACGGUUUUUUGAGUAAAAGUGCUUUUCUCAGGUUUUAAAACCUAACACCCUGAUUUUUGGGACACUUGGGAAAAUGUGUGGGGAGAGUUGCUAGAUGGACAGUGGUAGGUUGGUAGGUGUUGCUGCAGAUGCUGGAUGGGAUUGGGGUUUUCUCUCAAUAGCAUUAAGUGAAGGAAUGAGGUGAGAAUAGAAAAGUAUAGCAGGUGGUGUUAAGUGUUAGGUUGUAAUAAACACUCCAUCCAAAGGGGCAAAAAAAGCCCCAAGGAGAAUAACUCCAACUUCUUAUGAAGCAAUAAUUUUGUGUUCUUUUGUGUUUGCCUAUCGAGCAACUCAGACACUGUUUUGAAGUCUAGCUUUCUAAAACAGCCUCUGUAUUUAAAAAAAAAGUGUUGUUGUAAUGGACUUUUGUGGCACUUAAUUUCUGUGGUUUUUGUACUGUUUUUGUCUAUGUUCUCCUUAGUAUGUAAACAAGCAAACAUUGUAUAAGGGAGAAAAAUCACUAUAUGCCUAUUUUUUCUUACCUUGAAUCUUUAGUGUUGUGUGACUAUAAACCAAUGUUGAUAAUUUGGGGUAUGGGGUAAGUUGUUGGCAGCCUUGAAUGAUGCAAGGGCAGAAUCUGAGGCUCGGGGGGGGGGCAGCACUUUCCCCCCACCAUCUUCUUGAGAGGUUUCUCAUGCAUUCCCUUGCUUCCUUUGUUAUCAAAAGCCCAGCAAUAUCUAAAGACCAGUCUCUAUAUACAUUUCGUUGAAUGGUGCCAAACAGCUUUGUACUUCCCCACAAAGCUGACACAAGCAGAAUAAAAUCGGGCAUGGCUUUAGGCUUGUGUGAACUAAAAUAAGGAAGCAUAUCUAUUUCUGGGCUGCUCUUCACCCACCCCACCCCCAUAUUUUUCAGCAAAUAACUUGGUUUAUUCCCCACUGAUGGAAAAAUGCACUUUCUUUAAACAGAUUUUGAAAAACAGCACUGCAUAUCUAAAGUGUUAAUUGAUCCCAGAUUUUGUCACCCCAGAUAUCUUGUCACAAGAUACUAUAUAAGUGACAGUUGGACAUAAAUUUGGGUGUACUGAUGUUUUUUUUCCUAUUGUGUAUUUUGUUGCUCUGUUUUGCUUUAUUUUGUACUGGUUUGAAAAUUUAAUUAUAUUUUGUACUACUGCAGUUCUGCAGAAUCCCCCUUUUGGGGUCAUAUUUCUAAUAAAUGUUCAAAAACUGAAA